AUUUAACACCACAAUGGCUCCCAAAAAUGCAACAACCCCUUCGUCUGCACUCGAGCAGCUGCAGAAAUCCAAGGCACUCAAACUCCUUGCGAUUGCGGAAACACUGUCUCCCAAAGAUCUUCCACAGUCGGCCCAGAAGCGCAAUUCCGCAGUUUCCGAUGACAGCGAGCAGAAUGGCGACACGCAUCCCGCGGCGCUGGAAGCAGAUCUGGUGCACUACAAGGAACUGUUCAGUAAGCUGCGAUUCAGCUAUGUCGAGCAGGUCACGAAAGAGAAAUUCUUACGGAGCAUUACGGACAAUCCACCGCGCCUAGUAGAAGGUUCCGAAAAUGACGAGAAGGAGAAGGAAAUCCUGGCACUCAAAGCGGAACUGAAAGAGCGCAAGCUGGAGAUCGCCGAAGUGCUCAAACAACUCGAGGAUAAGGGCAGACAACUGGCGCUUCGAUAUGAGGGGAUACAACUACGCACAGCACAGCUCGAGUCUCUACCUACAGAAAUCCAGAGCCUGGAAGCGACCAUUGAGAAGCUUAAGCGAGAGCAGACUCCGGCAUCGAACAACCCAGAAUUGGCAUUACCUUUGCCUGAGACGACAAGGCUUCUGCAGACACGGGAGUCGGAGCUUGCUGCCGUGAACGCACAACUCUUGAAGCUACAGUCUGCUCUACCGAGCAAGUCCCGCGAGUUGGAGAAGUUGGAGCGGGAGCUCAAGCCCCUGGAGACACAAAAGCAGGGUACGGUUGCAGCAGCUAAGGAGGCAAGGCGUAGAAGAGAGGAAGGAGGUGGGAUUGGAGAUGAACUCGAGGAGAGAGGGCGGUGGCUAAGGGCUUCUGAGAAGGCGCUGAAGGAGAUGCUGGAGGUUGGGAACUAAACCUGCUAUGGAAACUUCAGCCAUCACGAGCUUUGACGAAUUGGAUUGGGAUUGCACGUUUUAAUAGGCUUUGGAGUUUGGACAAGGCGGUCUCUGUAAUCAGGAUACC